GUUGGCGUCUCUGGACAAGGCGGGAAGGUUUGAUCCGAAGCGGCCGAUGUUGUGGGGUUUCUUGCUCCCUCUAGCGGUCAUGUUGUGUUUUAACACAUCUCUGCUUGUCUACUUCUCUCAAACCAUCUGCUGUGCGAAUCCCAACCUCAAGAGCUCACGAGGGACUCCUAUGAAGAAGAAGAUUUUGAGUAGUUUCUCUCUGGCUGUGGUGCUCGGUUUGUCCUGGAUCGUUGGUUACUUUGUGCUCAUCACUCAUGACAAAACACUUUACAUCAUUCUCAGUGUGGUCUUCUGUCUCUGCAACACGACACAGGGUGUUCAGAUUUUCAUUUUAUUCACACUGCAGUCUUAUCUCAGGACAAGGACUCGACAUAAACUAGAUUCUAAGACUGAAUCAAAGGAGGAAGCUUAAAUGUACACAAAAAGAGGACAACAGACAAUAUCAUAUACA